AUGCAGUAUCCCCUGGUAGCAGCGCUAUGUGCCCUCUCCACCGUGGUUGAAGCCGUCAGCUUGUCCGUGACGACGGGCUGCAACAUCUACACUGGGCUUGCGCUGCCUAACGGUAUCAGCUACUGGCUGGGGGUUCGCUACGCUGCACCACCGAUUGGCGAUUUGAGAUUCAUGCCGCCACAGGAUCCGCCUUGCAACAAUGAAGUCCAACUAGCAACUGAGCAUGGGAAGGUCUGCUUGGCCACCAACAGCCCACUGAGUGAGACGACCAACUCCGAGGAUUGCCUCUUUCUUGACAUCUACGCACCGAGCAACGCAACAAGUAGUUCGAAAUUCCCUGUAUUUUUCUUCAUCCAAGGUGGAGGCUUCAACGUCAACGGCAACCCAAACUUAAACGGCGCAGGCCUGAUUGCCGCAAGUGGCUACUCCAUGGUCGUCGUAACACUGAAUUACCGAGUGGGACCAUACGGCUUCCUCACAGACGGCCAUCUGAUCACCGCUAACAACGGCCUUCGUGACCAAAUCAAGGCUCUAGAAUGGGUACAUGAGCACAUAUCUCAGUUCGGCGGCAACCCCGACCACGUGGUGUUGGGAGGCAGCUCGGCAGGAGCAGCCAGCAUCAGCCUCCUCCUCGCCAAGACUGGCCGAGACAGGAGCAGCCUCUUCCACGCAGCUGCAGCCGAGUCAAUCUCGUUCGCUCCGGUGCGGACGGUAGAGCAAUCACAGUACCAAUACGAAAACCUCGCCAUCCGUCUUGGCUGCGUCGGUUCGGCCCAAGACUCGCUGGAUUGCCUGCGGAGCAAGCCCAUAGCGGAGUUCCAGGCUGCUAACAUCGGGAUUCCAUACCCUGGUGCAUCGUCAGCACCGCUGUACAUGUAUAACCCCACCAUCGACGGCGAUUUGAUAAUCGACUACACUUACAACGUGUACGCCAAGGGUAACUUCAUGAGGGUUCCGAUCUUGUCCGGGGAUGACACUAACGGCGGGACGGUAUUCGUGCCCUCCAAGACCUCGACGCUCGGCGAGAGCGACGCGUUCCUCAAGAAUCAGUUUCCUAAGCUGACACUGGAGCAAAUCGGAAAGAUCAACGAGCUUUUCCCCAACCCCAAUCAGACUUGCCCCAACCUGGGGUGCUACUGGCGACAGGCGUCCAACGCGUACGGAGAGUUGCGGUAUAUGUGCCCGAACCUGUACGUCGCCUCCGCAUUUGCCAAGUAUGGCACUGGUCGUACUUUCAACUAUAGGUAUAACGUGGAGGAUCCGAAGCUCCUCGCCCAGGGGUACGGCGUCCCGCACACGACCGAGAUCAACCCCUUGUUUGGGCCUGAAAACAUCCAGGGAGAUCCUCCGACUAGCUACUAUUCCAACGGCACGAAUGCCAUGGUCGUGCCGGUGAUCCAGUCCUACUGGACUAGUUUUAUCAGGACAUUCGACCCCAACAAACACCGAUAUCCCGGCACCGCCAUCUGGGAACCAUAUACCAGGGAGGGGCAGCUUAGGAUGCUGUUUGAGACUGGUGGCAGAACAGUGAUGGAAAGUGUCGAGAAUGGAUUGAGGAGUCGGUGUGAAUACCUGACAGGAAUCGGGCUGGAUAUACAACAGUAA